AGGUGCGGCACGCGUGUUGGCCGCAGCCAGCCUCUUGCAGCGAGAGCGGCGGCGGCGGCGGCGCCGUGCAAGUGGCUGGCUCCUUAGCGCCGGGCAAAGCGGGCUGAGCUUCCGAAUCCCCUGGUAGGCGGAGGAAGGAUCCGGCCGGGCGAUUCCGAUCUCGGAAGCCCUUUCGGGAACUCUCACUGGCUUUCGAUGGCGCUGAGCGGACCGAGGAGCACGUAGCUGGGCUGAAGAAGAUUCACAGCAGCAGUCAAGCUUUCCACUUCCCAGAUGAGCCAAGCGUGAUUCCAGCUUCAUUCUAUCUUCUUGUAGACGACAUGAAUUAUUCGCUGUUCCUGUAAUCACCACUGUGGUUCCAUCAGUGCCUGUACUGCAGAUAAUUUGACAGCUACUAAUGGCUAUCUUUAUCAGAAGGGCAUGCCCCAAACGCUGAGCUCUGCCAGCAUGUUUACUUCCUGUGGCUUCAGCCCUCAUCACCUCCACCCCUCCAAAGAAGAUGAUGAAGGAGGACUGAUCUUUCAAGAUGGAAACCUUACCUCAGCAUCUCUUGAUGCUUUAAUUCAACACCUUAUACCUACAGCUGACUACUACCCUGAGAAGGCCUAUAUCUUCACAUUCCUGCUGAGCUCAAGACUGUUCAUUGAACCACAUGAACUUCUGUCCCGUGUUUGUCACAAGUGCAUCGAGCAGCAGCAACUGGAUGACCCAGUGCUGGAUAAGGCACGGAUCAGAAAAUUUGGGCCCAAAAUUUUACAGUUGUUAACAGAAUGGACGGAAACAUUUCCUUAUGAUUUUCAGGAAGAAAAGAUGAUUGGAUGUUUGAAAGAUAUCAUCCACCGGAUAGCUCCAUGUGAUGAGGCUUAUUGGAAAAAAAUGAACCAGCUUCUACAAACCUUGAAUCAGAAGCUUGCAAGUCUUAACCAUGGCCAGGAAGGGAUAGUCAAGAUCAGUGCAGCUAUUUCAGAUAAAGUGGUAGCUUUUAAAAGUAAACCUCCCUCCAUCCAAAGAGAAAUGUUGAAUGUCUGCAGUGAUCCAUAUACUUUGGCCCAACAGCUAACUCAUGUAGAACUGGAAAGACUGAGUCAUAUUGGUCCUGAAGAAUUUGUUCAAGCAUUUGGCCAUAAAGAUCCCUUGGACAGCACAAAGCCUUGUUUCAGUGAACAGAAGAAGACUAGUAAUCUUGAGGCUUAUGUGAAAUGGUUCAAUAGACUCUGCUAUCUUGUAGCCACAGAAAUUUGUAUGCCUGCCAAAAAGAAGCAGAGGGCACAAGUCAUUGAAUUCUUCAUUGAUGUCGCCCGGGAGUGCUUUAACAUAGGGAACUUUAAUUCACUGAUGGCAAUCAUCUCUGGAAUGAACAUGAGUCCAGUAUCUAGGCUAAAGAAGACCUGGUCAAAAGUGAAAACAGCCAAGUUUUUUAUUCUUGAGCACCAGAUGGAUCCUACUGGCAAUUUUUACAACUACAGGACUGCCUUAAGGGGAGCUGCUCAUCGGUCCCUAACAGCACACAGCAACAGGGAAAAGAUUGUGAUCCCCUUCUUCAGCCUACUGAUCAAAGAUAUUUACUUUUUGAAUGAGGGAUGUGCAAACCGCCUUCCAAAUGGGCAUGUCAACUUUGAAAAAUUCUUGGAACUGGCAAAACAAGUAGGAGAAUUCAUAACAUGGAAACAAGUUGAAUGUCCAUUCGAACGGGAUGAUAAUAUAAUCCACUAUUUACAUACUGCCCCUAUCUUUACCGAAGAUGGUUUGUAUUUGGCUUCCUAUGAAAGUGAAAGUCCAGAAAACCAAACAGAAAAAGAAAGAUGGAAAAACCUAAGGUCAACUAUCUUAGGAAAGACUUGAAGACAAUAAUCUAUAAAUAUACUAGAAGAAACGAACUCAGCAGAACUACUUGCACUAUGGAUUCCAAAGAUGCCUAUUUGGGAUUUAGAAAUUUAUUCUUUAUUUUUGUGUGCGUUGGGGGGCUCCUUAAUGCGAUUAACUGGAUUCAUCAGAAAGACUCAAGUGAGUAGUCUUUUUACUGCACAGUGUUGUUACAGCCAGUAACCCUACAGUGAAAAGCCAGUAGAGAUUUUAUCUUGGCUUUAUCAGAACCAAGUCCUUAUUGCUAUUUAAACUUGACUUUCUAAAAGAAAAAGCAAGAAAAGUCAUGGUGCUGCAAUCCAAAACAGUCUCCACGGAAGAGUACAGGGUUUGUAUCUCAGAAGCAGGGUGUAUCUGACAAUGACUCAAAGAGAACUGUGAAAAGUAGAUGUUGCCAAUUACGUUAUGCUACUACAUAGAGAAGGACUAUUUUUCCUCCUCAAUCCUCAGCCUUAGUGAAGAAUAUUCCAACAUCAGGAAAUAAAAGACUAAUAGAAAACCAUAUUAAAAUGAAUAACCCACAUCUGCUACUUUUUUUAAUACUGAAAGAUUCGAGCUGUGAAAAUUUGUUAUGUCUCCUUCAGUUUGGAGUCCAAAUCAUCUUUGAUCUUCACAGUGAACUCCUAAGCUCUUCAGAUGACUUCUCGUGUGACCCUUUGAUAGAAAGCAUGUAGCAUAUUCUCUAGUUCUGUUGGCUGUUGAGAGACAGUCUUUAAAGAAUCUUGCAUCAUUAACAGAAAGGAAAUCUGUUAAGGAAUGCAAACAGUUGCUUUCACCUACUUAUUUUCUCUUUAUCAGAGAAAAGAAAUAUUUUGGAAAAGAUAAUCAUGUGAUGGUAGGGCUCUUAUUUCUAGUGUGUCUUACAGUCUAUGAAUUGUUGCACUGAAAUUAUCAAUACUAUGUUCCUAAGAUGGGUCCCUUAUUUUAUGGUUCCUCUGUGUAGGCGAUGGAUAGCUGCCUCCCAGCUAUGGCAUUCUUUCUCGAAUUCCUGACUUCGAGAUGCGUUAGGGCUACAGAUUUAGGAGCUACAGGGAAAGUUGAGUAAUGGGAAGCGAACAAUCAGGCAUUAAUAUGUGUGCCAUAAUGCUUAGUGGGAGGGCAAGCAAUGGUUGCAAAUUAUACUCAAAUAGCCUUUUUAUAAGUAAUGGAAGUAAAACAAAUCCAUAGCUUACUGUAUAGAAUUGCAGUAAAGUGCAAACCUUCAUUUUAAUAACAGGGACGUUUUCAUAAUAAAAUUGUAUCAGAAAGACUCAUAAUUCAGAUUCGGACAUUGUCCGAAGUGCAAGUAAUAACCAGCACAGUGUGGGCUUGGCUUGAGAAUUACAGGUAUCUGAUGCCACAUAUAUAGAUGAGAUUCGUGCCAAUGUACAUAUUUUAUGCAUCAGUUAAAUGCAUUCCAUGAUUCAUCCAGUUCCAACAUAGAACACUUGCACAGUGGAAUUUAGAGAGUUAAUUCUUGCCUUCCAUCAUAUGCAAGAAUUUAGCAUGCUGGUCAAAGACACAACUGGCAUUACAUGAACAGUAAAGCAGUCAUUAGGCACUGGAUAGAUUUGAAUCUUAAUUUAGAUAGGCUUUUGCUUCUGAAUAUGUCUACAAUGAAAUUCUAUGAUAUUCCUUCUCACAAGGAGCCUUUUUGUUUCUUUGAGUAAAGCAAUCUUAGCUUCUGGAAUAUAAAUUAAGUUAUUUAUCUGCACAAGCCUUCUUGACAACCUAUUUCUUUCCAUCACAUCUAUUCCACUGUGUGCCGAUAUCUAAUGCUGGCACAAAAGUGCUUCAUGCCAGUCUAAUGAAUGAUUUUUCAAAAAAAUAUAUGUUGAUCUGACUACCUAUCUGGACGUGAGUUAGGUAUUUGUGGCCUAUGACAGAUUAAGAAAGAAUUUUGUGCAUGCGCACAUUUUCCUCAGGCAACCAAUCAGUGAAUAUAUAUAUAUAUAGUUACUGUGUAUGAUCAAUUCUGAACUUGUGUCAAAUUCAACACUUUCUGCACCAACUAUGUCACAAUGUAGUAGCUAUUUCAUGUAGCUAUUGCAAGAGACCUACAGUAUUUGAAUUAUCUAGAUCAUGGGUGUCAAUGGAUCAUGGAUGUUGCCAUCACAUGAUGUUUUGCGAUGUUUUUCCAAUUUGCUGAGCUGGGGUGGGCAUAGCCUGCAUAUGACGCAUCUGGCCCAUGGACCACCAGUUUGACUCCCCUGAUCUAGAUGUAUUCAGACUGUUUCAGUGACAAUCUCAGCAUCUGAAUAAGAAGCAAGAUAAAUUUCUUCCUCUAUUUGUUAGCUCUUUUCUAUAGAAAAUUUUGAAAAAUGGAGGAAUGCCACAAAAAUAUAGUGAGGUAGAUGUCUCAGAUUUUAAACAGGAAAAAAAGAAAAUCCAAGCUGUAAGAAUGGUCAGCGAUGGAACUAGAAAAGAUAGGAAAACAAGUUAGAAAUAUGUCUAAAAAUACUGUAUGUAGAAAGGAACAUAGGUCAAAAAUAAAUCCAGAAUAGUUUCUUUUGGAUUGGGUUACUGGCUUGAAUAGAUAUUGAAAAAAGAGCAAGAAAUAAUAUAUCUUGAUUUCAGCAAAGAAUCUGAUAAAGUUCUUCAUAUUUUGUAGCAAAAUAUCCUAAUUGAGUAUUUGCUGGCGAUGACAUUCAUAGAUGAAUUCACAGUUGUAAAAUCAUUGAGUUCUUAUCAAUUCUUCAUUAAAUCAAGGAAACUUGUGAGUGAGGUGCCAUACUAGAAGGGGAGUAUACUUUAACCAUUGAUCCAUCUCUUAGAUGCAGAGAAAUCUUAUUUCCAGAUGAUCCAUAAUAUAAAUAACUGUUACCGCAUAGCAGUAACCCAUUCAAAAUGCCAUUGAUGUAAUGGAAGGCUGAGUAAUAGCAUAUAAAUUGCAGCACAGCACAAUGCAAAUGUCUGCCUUCAGGUGUGCUCAAACUCAGAACACUAAUGUAUGGUAGACAACAUCUAGUUUAGCAGUGGUACAUGAGGUUUUCAGAUUAUAACAAAUGUGAAAAAGCUACAAAACAGUUACAUGAACAUUAAUAGAACCAUAAUGUUUAGUGAGAAGAAUAAAUAUUUCCUUAUUUGGGACUAAUCAGAUUUGUCUGGUACUGUAUAUAUUUCUGAAUAAGAAUUAAGAAAAAUGAGACAAACAUGAGAAAGAUAGGAUGGGUAUUUUCCAAAUACCAGACGUAGAAAACAAGCCAAUGCUGCUUCGCUUUUGCUCCAGAAGACAGGAUUAAUCUAAUGGGCUUAAGUUAGGGAAGAUGAAUGUUGACUGAAUGGUAGGAAGAAGAUAAAAGAGCCAUUUUAUAAUAGUUUAAUGAUAAUUCACUGUUCUGCAUGAGAAAAUUUGCAAAGCAAAUUGUAACUUAGAAGUGCAAAAUGCCUAAUUAAACCCCAAAACAAUGAUAAUACCAAUCUUAAAAACAUAAUAAACAUAACAAAAAAGCUGGAGGGGGCAGCAAUAUUCUGGCUUCCUUUGAACUAAGACCAGAAGCCCAUCUGGAAGAUAUUCUCAUGCAGGAUUUCCUGCAUUUACAAAGGGUUGAAUUGUUGAAUAUCCCACAGUUGAUACUAAUGGGAUUAUCCCAUUAAUAAUAAUCUAUUAAAAGAUGACUUAGACUUAACAGACCAAGUAUUUAAAAUUUAAAAUAGUGAUGUUUUCUUUUGCUGAAGAGAGCACAGCUUUUUCUCCUUAAAUGCUACUAAAUAAAUCCAAGGAUUACACUAAUUCACCUUUGUCUGAAAGUAACUCUAGCUGUAGCCAGAUUUUAACAAUUGACGUAUUUGACUUUCUGAGAUCAUGGUGAUCAAAUGUAUUUCUACUUAUUUAAAUAAGAGUGAUAAAAUAAUAUAUGUAUUUUAAAAUGCCGAGAUUGAUUUCUCAUAGCAGCUAGUAUCGGUUGCAAAUAUUUCAUUAUUUGUAUUUGCAAACAGUGCUUUGGCUAUGUGUAAAAAACAAAGCAAAUCUGUAUUUCAGGUACAUAAUAUGAAUAUAUUGUACACAUUCUUUCAGAAAGCAUAAAACACAAUUUAUUGAAUUAAUAGUACAUACUAGGUUUCACAGGAGGAAAAUAUUCCAAAUAAUUCACCUAGAUUUCAUCAGAAACUAUUAUAAAUGGAUUCAGCUCUGCAUAUUGAAAAUUGCUAAGCUUAUGAAAGAAUCCUCAAUCUUCUGCCGAAACUGAGCCUCUGGUCUGACCUUAUACAAUGAGCAAGGCAGUCCUUUUAUACCGAGUUAUGGACAUACUGAAUGCAUUUUUUUAAAAAAGGCAGCCUGCCUAAGAUUGGAAAUGCAAUUUGUUAUUCAUUUAAUAGAAAAAUACAGUAUUUCUUUCAGCUGUAAUUCUGGGAUCAUAUUCACAUCAUUACAUAAAGUAGAACCUUGAGAUGAAUGUAAUUACUUCAAUUCCAUUUAAAACCUUUCAGAAUGAGAUGAUCAAAAACCUAAGCAACAGUCAAAUACAUUGGGAUCAGUGCUGCUGUCACUAAAAGUAUAGUAAGAAUCAAUUAUGCAAUGAAUAAUUUUCAUGAACCACUAUGGAAUGGGAACAAUCUGCUUCUCAAACAGGUGAGGAAUGAACUGCACGAUCAAAACAAAACUUUCAUUGAUCUAACUAUUAUUAUAGUAGCUAAUUUUAAUAACUAGCAGCAGUCACUAAAAUGUGACUGUAAAUGUGGCUCCAGUGUAAAAUGCCUGAUAUUUUUAGAUUUAAAACUUGAUGUGAUCCAGUUUUCAUUUAAUAAAAUAAUUACUGAAGCCCACCUACAAUAACCAUACAGCAUGUUGUAUCUGUAAAUACCAAACCGUAAUUGGUGCUAUGGAAAUGCCUGGCACUCAUUAUCUCCUACCCUGCUUAAAAAGUUAGUUACUUGUCCUAUUCAAUUCUCCUUGAAUGAAAAUCCUAUGAAGGAAGAGGGAUGAAUGAUAUACAGGUAGUCCGUGACUUAUAACCAUUUGUUUAGUGACUGUUUGAAGUUACAAGGCACUGAAAAAAGUGAUUUAUGACCAGUUUUCACACCUGUGACCAUUGCAGCAUCCUCAUGGUCACGUGAUCAAAAUUCAGGCGCUUGACAACUAUUUGUGACAGUUCCAGGGUCAUGUGAUCACCACUUGUAAGCUUUCCAACUGGCUUCCGACAAGCAAAGUCAAUGGGGAAAGCCAGAUUCACUUAACAAACUCAUGAUUCACUUAACAACUGCAGCAAUUUGCUUAACAGCUGGCAAAAAGGGUGUAAAAUGGGGGCACAAUUCACUUAACAACUGUCUUGCUUGGCAGUGGAAAUGUUGGGCUGGAUUAUGGUUGUAAGUAGAGAGGACUACCUGUAGCUCUGCCAGGCUGACUUCCUUUGCCAGGCUCAUAGCUUUCCAUAUGUUACAUACAAUGGUUUGCAAAGCAGAGCUUCCCAAACCCUGCAGGAUUCUCAACAAGAGAAUCCCACGUGUCAUAUAUGAAAGAAAAACUGCAUUAUCUUAAAUGGUAAAUCUUAUUUUGAGUCAUCCUACAUUCCUAGGGACAUUAUGGACACAUUGGGCUUGUAUUUUGAAUUCAGCAGCGGAAAUCAACAUGUAACAUAUUACCUACAGCAGUAUGAGAUCAAUUUGGUACUGAUAAUACUAGUGGUAGACCAAAGCAGGAGGAAAAAUAAAUUAUUUUAUACUGAACUUAGCAACACCGGUUAAACAUUUCAAGGGUUAUAUCAUUUUGGCAAGAGUCUUAAAAGUUGCUUAACAGUGCUUUUCUUUUUUUAUUGUUAAAAUGCCUUUUAAAAACAAAACUGUUUAGCAAUGUUUAGAUACAUGCAUGUUACAAGAAACUGCUAUUGAAAAAUCAAGGUCUCAUGAACAGAUGUAAGCACCAUUAUCAAUUAAUCAAUGGAACUAUAGACCUCUCUCUCUCUAUAUAUAUAUAUAUAGCCCUCAAAUGGAAAUUGUGUCACAAAGACCUUUAUAAAACAAGACAACACUAUGCCAAACAGUAUUAUCCAUAUUCCAAACUACAACCUGUUUCCAAACUGUGUUAAGUCCAAAUAAUGUGGAGCAUUCCCCCAUUCCAACCAAGCUUUGUAAUUUGUAAAAAGCAGCUCUUCCUACUGUGACUUAAGAUUUCAAGUCAAACUGGAAUGUAUGUAUCACUGAGAGCAUAGAAUUGCUAUUACUGAUCUCAAUUCUUACUCUUAUUUGGUCACUCUGGCAAUCAAAUGUUAAGGUUACUUGAAAAUAAAGAGCAUUAUGGCUUUGUGAUGUUACCUAUCUUUAUAAAAUGAUAAUGGUGAUGUGCUUGCCACACCUUUCAUUAAUAUUUCAAAACAAUGUGGUCAUAAGUAAAUGAUAGCUGUUAGUGAUGAAAAAUCUCAUUAUUCAUGUUUUAUGUUAUCAAACCCUUCAGUCAGUCAUAAAAGCUAAUUUACCUAUGUACAGAAUUUAUACAACAAAUUUAAUUUAUACUGUGUUUUAACAGUGUGCCUGAACUGUUUAUGGUUUCUAAAUUUUGUAAUGUGAGUGUAAAAUUAAGAAUAUUGAUAUGGGGUUAGCCCAGAUUUGGAAUGUUUUUAAUAUGUAUAUAUCCAUUGUGUGAAGGGUUUUAGAUAUAUUGUAUACUUACGGUGACCAUACUUUUUUGGAAAAAAAUAAAGAACAAACCUGAAAAAGGA